GCUCGCAGCGGAGCCGCCGCUCGGGUUCGGUUCGGUUCGGUUCGGUUCGGUCCGCUCCGCUCGCCCCGCGACGCGACGCAGCCCCGAUGGCACCCGUGGGGGGCAAGCAGGCCCGCAAGGGCAUCCUGGAGCGCUUGGACGCCGGUGAGGUGGUGAUCGGAGAUGGGGGCUUUGUCUUCGCCCUGGAGAAGAGGGGCUAUGUCAAGGCAGGACCCUGGACCCCGGAAGCUGCCGUGGAGCAUCCCGAGGCAGUUCGCCAGCUCCAUCGCGAGUUCCUGCGAGCCGGGUCCAAUGUCAUGCAGACCUUCACCUUCUAUGCCAGCGAGGACAAGCUGGAGAACAGGGGCAACUACGUGGCAGAGAAAAUAUCUGGGGAAAAAGUCAACGAAGCUGCUUGCGACAUUGCCCGGCAGGUGGCUGACGAGGGGGAUGCUCUGGUCGCAGGGGGCGUGAGUCAGACGCCUUCCUACCUCAGCUGCAAGAGUGAAAGUGAGGUGAAGAAGAUCUUCCAGCAGCAGCUAGCGGUGUUUAUGAAGAAGAACGUGGACUUCCUCAUCGCAGAGUAUUUCGAACACGUCGAGGAAGCUGUGUGGGCAGUGGAGGCCCUGAAAGCAUCUGGGAAACCUGUGGCAGCGACCAUGUGCAUCGGGCCCGAGGGCGACCUGCACGGCGUGUCCCCCGGGGAGUGUGCUGUGCGCCUCGUGAAAGCAGGCGCCUCCAUCGUGGGGGUGAACUGUCACUUCGACCCCACCACCAGCCUGCAGACAGUGAAGCUCAUGAAGGAGGGCCUGGAAGCGGCAGGGCUCAAAGCCUACCUGAUGAGCCAGCCCCUGGCCUACCACACACCCGACUGCAGCAAGCAGGGCUUUAUCGAUCUCCCAGAAUUCCCCUUUGGACUGGAGCCCAGAGUUGCCACCCGAUGGGAUAUUCACAAAUACGCCAGAGAGGCUUACAACCUGGGGGUCCGGUACAUCGGCGGGUGCUGUGGGUUCGAGCCCUACCACAUCAGGGCGAUUGCGGAGGAGCUGGCCCCGGAAAGGGGAUUUUUGCCACCUGCUUCGGAAAAGCACGGGGGCUGGGGAAGUGGCUUGGACAUGCACACCAAGCCCUGGAUUAGAGCGAGGGCCAGGAAGGAAUACUGGCAGAGUCUCCGGAUAGCCUCAGGCAGGCCCUACAGCCCUGCGCUGUCCAAGCCUGAUGCCUGGGGAGUGACCAAGGGGACAGCUGAGCUGAUGCAGCAGAAGGAGGCCACCACUGAGCAGCAGCUGCGGGAGCUCUUUGAAAAGCAGAAGUUCAAAUCCAUACAGUAGCCACACCGUUUCUGCCGCAUUCCUGUCUGUUGGGCCUGCAUGUGUACAAAUGAGGAAAAUAUGGUUCAGAGCCGUGCUUGCGCAGCACCAGCCUACUUGGUAUUAACUGAUCAAAAGAGGAUCACAAAUAGCAGUUGGCAGUCCUCAAAGUAUGUGUUAGAAGUUUAUUUGGAAGCAAUAAAAGUGCAAAGUAGAUUUGAAACAGAUUUCCUAAACACCUGUCAUGUGUAAGGUGGUACAGAAAUCACCGCAGUAAAGGAAAAGUAAUCCAGACUUUAAUCCCACUUCCCAAAGCUGGCAGACUGGGGGGCAGGAUGAGACACGCACUGUUGUGAGUGACACGGAGCCAGCCAGGGACGGACGAGUGCUGUGGAAAGCAACCUCUGACCACUAUCUGAACACAACCGCUAGUAAGGAACACAGUCUACACAAUGGCCCAGUAAAACACGUGAGGUCCAACCACUGAAAUAAACGUGUGGUCCGUUCUGGUA